CCGCGUGCCGCAGCCCGCGCCGCCUGUCUCCGCCGCGCGCCGCCGCUGCCCCGCGCCGCCGCCGUCGCUGCCGUCGUGCCCGCUGGCUGGCCCAGUGCGGGCGCCCGGCUCCCGCCGCAGGAGAGAACCAUCAGCGCCGCCACCAGCACUUCGGCGCGGGCCCGGGUCCCAGCCCCGCCCCGGGCCCCGGCCCCCCGCCCGGCCGGACGAUGAAGUGUCACUACGAGGUGCUGGGGGUGCGGCGCGACGCCAGCGAGGAGGAGCUCAGAAAGGCCUAUCGGAAGCUGGCCCUGAAAUGGCACCCGGAUAAAAAUCUGGAUAAUGCCGUGGAAGCAGCCGAACAAUUUAAAUUAAUCCAAGCAGCCUACGACGUCUUGAGUGACCCCCACGAAAGGGCAUGGUACGAUAAUCAUAGAGAGGCUCUGCUCAAAGGUGGGCUUGAUGGAGAAUACCAAGAUGACAGCUUAGAUCUGCUUCACUAUUUCACUGUUACCUGUUACUCUGGUUAUGGAGACGACGAAAAGGGCUUUUAUGCGGUGUAUCGUAAUGUUUUUGAAACCAUUGCGAAGGAAGAACUGGAGUCGGUGCUGGAGGAGGACGGCGAGGACUUCCCCACUUUCGGAGACUCCCAGAGUGACUACGACACGGUAGUCCACCCUUUCUACGCGUACUGGCAGAGUUUCUGCACUCAGAAGAACUUUGCUUGGAAAGAGGAAUAUGAUACCCGGCAAGCUUCCAACCGCUGGGAGAAACGUGCCAUGGAGAAAGAAAACAAAAAGACUCGAGACAAAGCAAGGAAAGAGCAGAAUGAGCUUGUGCGACAGCUGGUCGCUUUCGUCCGUAAAAGAGAUAAGAGAGUGCAGGCUCACCGGAAGCUGGUGGAGGAGCAGAAUGCGGAGAAGGCGAGGAAAGCUGAGGAGAUGAGGCGGCAGCAGAAGCUGAAGCAGGCCAAACUGGCGGAGCAGUACAAGGAGCAGAGCUGGAUGACGGUGGCCGACCUGGAGAAGGAGCUCCGGGAGAUGGAGGCGCGCUACGGGAAGGAGUUUGGAGACGGCUCGGACGAGGAGGAGGCGGAGGAAUGUGACCUCAGAGAUGGACAGGAUGGUAAAGACAGCGAUGAGGCGGAGGACACAGAGCUUUAUGAAGAACUGUACUGCCCAGCGUGUGAUAAAUCUUUCAAGACAGAAAAGGCCAUGAGGAAUCACGAAAAAUCCAAAAAGCACCGGGAAAUGGUUGCCUUGUUAAAACAACAGUUGGAGAAGGAGGAAGAAAAUUUUUCAGGACCUCAGACUGAUGAAAAUCUACUGAAUGCCAAUUCUGAGGAAGAAAUGGAGGAUGCACCAAAACAAAAGCUUUCUAAAAAACAGAAGAAAAAGAAACAGAAACCAGCACAGAAUUAUGAUGAUAAUUUCAAUGAAAAUGGAACUGGAGAAGGACUAAAAAUUGAUCCAGAAGAUACCAACUUAAAUCAAGAAAGUGCCAAAGAAUUAGAAGAUCGUCCGGUAGAAAAUGUCAGUGUCACUGAGGCUGUUGAACUGUGUGACGACCCGAAAAGUGAGGCAAAAAGCGCUCCUAAAGCCAGAGGAAAGAAAGCCAAAGAUACGAAAAAAUCUGUCAGAGUGCCUGCUGAACCACAGACAACGAGUGAUGUUCUUAUGUGCUGUACAACCUGCCAUAGUGAAUUUCCUUCCCGGAAUAAACUUUUUGAGCAUCUAAAGGCCACAGGUCAUGCAAGAGCACCUUCAUCGUCAUCUUUAAAUGGUGUCACAAGUAGUCGAAGCAAGAAAGAGAAACGUAAAAACAGAUAGACAUUCCACCAACCCUUUUUCUUUUCAUUUGUCUCUAGAUUUUGAAACCAAAAACUGAACUGAAAUCAUCUAAAGAGUUAAAAUUUCACUGAUCUGCAAUUUAUUGCAUUGUAGAUUAUUUUUAUCUUGUAAAAACAUUUUUCUGUUUAAUAUAUAUAUUUUUAAACAUUUCAUUAGUGAUUGAAUUCUACUUUUGCCAUCUGAACUGACUUGAAUAUCUCAAAACAGAUACAUAUUGUAAAGUGUGCAUUCUUGAUUUCUGUUGUCUCAUGUGGAGAGAAAUGUACAGGGAGAAUUAAAUUAUUUUGAA